AGCCCUUCUCCAGGACAGAGGCUACCCCUCGCUGCCUCUGGACCUCGUUUCCUCCACUGGUGGGUUCCUUGGUGCUUGGGUCCACAGACCCCCUCAGAAGAAAGACCCCAGCAUCUCAGGAGCCUGCCCCAGGCCCUCCAGCUGGUGAGGCCAGGCCCCCUGGAGCCCCAGCCUCCGGCUCCCACACCAGAGUGGGUGAGGUGGGGUCUGCCCUGUGAAGCCUGGGGUCCCUCCCCGGUCAGGGUCCCAUCGUCUCCCACAUCCACCUCACACGAGAGCCAGUUUCUAAGUCUCUAGCUGGGCACAAUGCUGGAGGGCGUCGGGGGCAGAGGGCAUCCUGGAGCAGGGAGCAGCACAGGGCACUUGGCCUGGGCCCUGGGGAUGGGGCGGGCAUGGAGCGGGUGAGGUGACGCAGCAAAGAGCUUAAGGCCACCUCGCUCCGGACCUCCAGAGCAGGGAGUUAGGCAGGUGGGCUGUGGAACAGGACAGACUUUGGGAGCCAGGGCUGUGCUGGGCUGGCCGAGGGGCCUGGCGCAAUGCUGUGCCCGCCAUAGCUUGUGCUUCCAGAGCAAGUUCUGGAAGGUAUGGUCUGGAACCCUGCAGCAGGAGGGGCAGUCUGGGCAGGAGCAAUGAUGGAGAAGGAUGUGCAGCUCCUGGGGUGGGGAGGAGCUGCGUGCCUGGCCUUGGCACCUGAGACCUGAACUCUGUCCCCGUGUCCAGGUCCAAGCAUGCACUUUCUCUGCCAUUUUCACCUACAAAGAGCACCCCUUCCAGCCAGAGAAGUCCCGUCCCCCCCCCCGCCGCCCUCAUGGCCCCAGAACAACACCCCCUGGAAGGCCCGCCCCAGCAGCGUGGUGUCCAGGAGCGGCCCAGGCUGGGGGCCUCCCCUGAGGCACAGCAAGCCUAUCCCGUGCUGCGUCCCAGCCUCCCUGGAGGUGCCCAGGGUUGGGGGACACAGUGGGCGGGUGCCUCAGAAUGGCACCCCAAGAGCAGGUGUGGGGGACAGCCCAGCCAGCACCCAGGGCUUUCAGAGAUGGUGGCAACCGAUGGGGGGGCCAGGGAGAGGAACGUGUGGAUGUCGCAGCCAGAAAGCUCACGUUCUUGGGACUGCCCGACCCUGGGGAGGUGCUGGGAGCGUUUGGAAGGCUCUGGUGGCUCUUGCUGGGACACACCCCCGCCCCCAGUCCAGAGCAGCCAAGCGGUGCCCUGGGGCCCCUCAGGGAAGGCUGUCCCAUGGCUGCACCCCUGUCUCCCAAGUGCCUCGACCCUUGGGACGCACGGGACCAGCAGGAGGGCGAGGAGGUGCGUGGUGUGAGGAGCAGGUGGCGUUCUACAGGCAGCUGAACGAGGCCCGGGCUAGAUUGGGAGGAGGGGGAGAUGAGCCCCCGUCCCCUGUGCCCCCAGACUCCCCUGGCUGCAGCCCUGAGGUGCCCUCCCAGCCACUGCAGGAGGAGGAGCUGUCCGACCUGGAUCUCCAAGAUGUGGAGGAGGUCCAGAUUGGCAGAGAUACCUGCUGGCCAGACUCGGAGGCAGAACCCGCGCAGGCCGCGUCGUCUCCCCGCCCCCGCCGCCCCGAGGACCAGGUGGACCAGGCCGGGGGGGCCCUGAGGACCCUUCUGAGGAGCCUGCCCCGUAGACCCAAGUGUGGGGACCGCUUUGGGCAGGAGGCCAGCCUGGAGCGGCCCGCAGGCCACCAGCCUCCGGGCCCGGCGCCCCGCCCCCAGCAGAGCGGCCCCUGGUGCACGACGCUGCGCGCCCCCGGGGCCUCCGGGAUGGCGGGGGAGCCCGCGCGGGCCGCGGAGCUGGGGGGCGGCCGGGACGCGGGGCCCGGGGCGCGGCAGGGGGGCCCGCGGGGCGGGAAGCCACACCGCUGCGAGGCCUGCGGCAAGAGCUUCAAGUACAAGUCGCUGCUGCUCAAGCACCAGCGCAUCCACACGGGCGAGAAGCCGUACGCGUGCCACGAGUGCGGGAAGCGCUUCCGCGGCUGGUCGGGCUUCAUCCAGCACCACCGCAUCCACACGGGCGAGAAGCCGUACGAGUGCGGCCAGUGCGGCCGCGCCUUCAGCCACAGCUCGCACUUCACGCAGCACCUGCGCAUCCACAACGGCGAGAAGCCCUACAAGUGCGGCGAGUGCGGCCAGGCCUUCAGCCAGAGCUCCAACCUGGUGCGGCACCAGCGGCUGCACACGGGCGAGAAGCCGUACGCCUGCAGCCAGUGCGGCAAGGCCUUCAUCUGGAGCUCCGUGCUCAUCGAGCACCAGCGCAUCCACACCGGCGAGAAGCCCUACGAGUGCGGCGACUGCGGCAAGGCCUUCCGCGGCCGCUCGCACUUCUUCCGGCACCUGCGGACGCACACGGGCGAGAAGCCCUUCGCCUGCGGCGCCUGCGGCAAGGCCUUCGGCCAGAGCUCGCAGCUCAUCCAGCACCAGAGGGUCCACUACCGGGAGUAGCGGGCGGCAGGCGGCGGGCCCCCGCCUCCCCCGGCCCCUCCGCACCGCCAGCCCCGCGCCCCCCGCCCAAAUAAAUGCUUUUUCAUGGAUGGAAA